CAAGGGCUGAGGGCAGGGCCAUGUCUUUUUGGAUACGUUAUGAUGAAAAUACUUUAGCAUCUGCUACUUCAUUAUCCAGAAUUAAAAGGAUGGCUACAAAUUGCACUUCUUUUUUCUUAUCUUUCUAUUUAAACUUUGAUGGCUCUUGGGCACUUCCAAGAACUACGUCUAAGCAUUAAAUAUCCAUAAAACAACAAAACACCGUACCAAAAAAAACAGAACUUUGACAUUCACAUGAUGGUCACACAUCUCUAUGCUAAAUCAUAAUGCUCUUUUGUUUAAAUUUGUUUAUUUUUUUACUUGAUAUGAAAUUAUGAAAAUAAUUUAAUUUUUUUGUUUUGAAAGGUAUGAUUUUACAUUAAAGAUAAUGAAAUGUUUCAAAAUAUCUUUAAUUUUGAAGUAUGAGAAGUCGGAACAAACGAAAAAGAAAAGCAGAACAAAUAAAUUGAAACGGAAGUGAAUAAUUUAUUUCUCCUUCAAUCAUUGUUGAGCCACAAUCAGUUGCAGUUUGUGCCACAUAUAUAGUCUUCCGUAUCUCCAUGUAGAAAGAGCAUUUAGGACGUCUGACGAGAUGUGGAGCAACCUUCCUUUUGAACUCCUAGCCAAUAUUUUCUCUCAUCUUUCUCCUGAUUCAUUAGCCAGGGCUAAAUCUGCCUGCAAGAGUUGGCACACAUGUGCUAACAAUUCACCUUCAUGGGCAACGCUGCCAUGGCGGCAAUAUCCGCCGUGGUUUCUAGCAUUGCCCACACGCAACCAUGGGCGUUUUAUUUGUGCGCACAACCCAAUUAAUGAUUCUUGGCAUCUAUUGCCUCUUGACUUCAUUCCCAACCCAAUUCGCCCAAUUGCUGCAGUUAAUGGCCUAAUACUACUGAGAGAAACCACAACUACUGCUCUUCAAUUAGCCAUAUGCAACCCUUUCACUCGCCAAUUCAGGCACCUCCCAAAGCUAAAUGUCACAAGAACUAAUCCAGCUGUUGGGGUAAUAUCACUGGAUUCAGCAAACUUCCAGGUCUAUGUUGCCGGAGGAAUGUCAGUGGCAAGCAGCACCGGAGGAGGUGCUUCAUACGAGCCCAGCUUAGAAGUGUACGAUUCUGUUAACGAAAACUGGAAAACAAUUGGAUCAAUGCCGAUGGAAUUUGCAGUAAGGCUAACAGUUUGGACCCCAAACGAGAGUGUUUACUGCAACGGCAUCCUAUAUUGGAUCACCUCAGCCAGGGCCUAUACCGUAAUGGGAUUCGAAAUUAGGAACAAAAAUUGGAGAGAAUUAAGCGUGCCGAUGGCUGACAGGCUUGAAUUUGCAGCACUGGUAGAAAGAAAUGGGAAAUUAUGUCUUGUUGGUGGAACUAGUGAUGCAGGGGCAUGUAUAUGGCAGCUUGAAGAAACAAAUAAUUGGAGAAUGAUUGAGAAGGUGCCACAAGAAUUAUGGGCAAGAUUGUUUGGAGGUAAAGGGAGAUGGGGUAGUAUUAACACAAGAUGUGUGUGCAUUGGUGGGGCAAUGUGCUUGUACAGAGAUCUUGGAUCAGGAAUGUUGGUAUGUGCAGAAAAUGGUACAAAAUGGGCAUGGCAUUGGAUUGAAGGGUGUGGUACAAUAAAAGGGGUGAAAUUGCAGAAUUUCCCCAUUAAAGGACUGUUGCUACAUCCCUAUCUUGCAUCUUCCAGUUUCUGCCUGAAUAAAUGAGUUCCAAAUUCUUCUCUUUUCCAGUUCCAAUAAACAUAUAUACUAUAACAACGACAACGAAAUCAUAAGAAGAGAAUAGAUGAUAUGCAGACCCUAUUGUUACCUUAUUGUAAUAGAGAGGUUCUUUAUGGCAAUGUCAAUAGAAAAUACUGACUUCCACUAGUGUUUUUAUAA